CCAAAGAGCCCAUCUCUACAGCAAUUGCUACACAAAUAUGAGCGCACAGAUAAGAGAAACCUUUGCAAAGUGCAAAGAAGAGAACCGUAAAGCCCUUGUGACCUUCAUCACCGCGGGUUAUCCUACCAUCGAGGACACGGUUCCCAUCCUCCAAGGCUUCCAGGAGGGAGGUGUCGACAUCAUCGAGCUGGGUGUUCCCUUCUCUGACCCGAUUGCCGACGGCCCUACAAUCCAGGUUGCAAACACCACAGCAUUGAACAACGGCAUCACCGUCCAGCACACCAUCGAGCUCGUGAAGAAGGCCAGAGACGCCGGCGUGACUGUUCCAAUCAUUCUAAUGGGCUACUACAACCCUAUUCUCCACUAUGGGGAGGAGAAGUUGAUCAAGGAUGCCCAGCAGGCUGGUGCCAACGGCUUCAUCGUUGUGGAUCUUCCUCCAGAGGAUGCCGUCAAGUUCAGAAGCACCUGUACAGAACAGGGCCUCAGCUAUAUCCCGCUUGUUGCUCCAUCGACGACUGAUGAGAGAUUGGCCCUCUUGUCUGAGAUUGCUGACUCGUUCAUCUACGUUGUCUCCAAGAUGGGCACCACUGGUGCCUCUUCCAGCGUCAGCACUGGAAUCUCUGAGCUCGUUAGCAGGGUCAGAAAAUACUCCGGUGACACACCAUUGGCUGUUGGUUUUGGUGUCAGCACUAGAGAGCACUUCCUCAGCGUGGGAUCCGUUGCUGACGGUGUCGUUAUCGGCUCGAAAGUUGUGACUCUCAUUGGCGAGAGCCAGUUUGGUGAGCGUGGUGACGUUGCUAAGAAGUACGUCAAGGAGAUCUUGGACAACAGAGAGGUGAAGCCAUUCGAGCCAACUGCCACGGACUCCUUCGUCAAGAAGGACGAGCCUUCGUUCAAAGAGGAGCACAAGUUUUCACCAAGAUUCGGCGAGUUUGGUGGUCAGUACGUGCCAGAGGCUCUCCAUGCCUGUUUGAGAGAGCUAGAGAAGGCAUUCGAAGAGGCAGUUGCUGACCCAACAUUCUGGGACGAGUUCAGAUCGUUAUACCAGUACAUUGGUCGUCCAUCCUCGUUCCACAAGGCUGAACGUCUUACAGAGCACGCUGGUGGUGCACAGAUCUGGUUGAAGCGUGAGGAUCUCAACCACACUGGUUCGCACAAGAUCAACAAUGCUUUGGCACAGGUCCUCCUGGCUAAGAGAUUGGGCAAGAAGGAGAUCAUCGCCGAGACAGGUGCUGGUCAGCACGGUGUUGCCACUGCAACUGCCUGUGCCAAGUUUGGUCUUAAGUGUACUGUCUACAUGGGAGCUGAGGAUGUUCGUCGUCAAGCCCUUAACGUCUUCAGAAUGAAGAUCCUGGGUGCUGAUGUUGUUGCUGUCACCAACGGUACAAAGACAUUGAGAGAUGCAACCUCUGAAGCCUUCAGAAACUGGGUGACGAACUUACAAACCACCCACUACGUUGUGGGAUCUGCUAUUGGUCCUCAUCCUUACCCAACUCUUGUACGUACUUUCCAGUCUGUCAUUGGUAAAGAGGCCAAGGAGCAGUUCAAGGCUUUGAAUGAGGGCAGACUGCCAGAUGCCAUUGUUGCGUGUGUCGGUGGUGGUUCUAACUCCACUGGUAUCUUCUCUCCAUUCGAGCACGAUACGUCUGUUAAGCUCCUUGGUGUUGAAGCUGGUGGUGAUGGUCUUGAUUCUGGCUACCACUCUGCUACUCUGACUGCUGGUGAACCAGGUGUGUUCCACGGUGUUAAAACAUAUGUUCUUCAAGACCAAGAUGGUCAGAUCCAUGAUACUCAUUCCGUGUCUGCUGGUUUGGAUUACCCAGGUGUCGGUCCAGAAUUGGCUGCCUGGAAGGCCUCUGGCCGUGCUCAAUUCAUUGCUGCAACGGAUGCCAAUGCUCUUGAAGGCUUCAGACUGUUGUCACAGUUGGAAGGUAUCAUUCCAGCCUUGGAGUCUUCCCAUGCAGUCUAUGGUGGUGUUGAAUUGGCAAAGACCAUGAAACCAGACGAGCACAUCAUCAUCAACAUCUCUGGUAGAGGUGACAAGGAUGUGCAAAGUGUUGCCGAGGUAUUGCCAAAGCUUGGUCCGCAAAUCGGCUGGGAUUUGAGAUUCGAGUCAUUCGAAUGAAGUUGUAUAUAUCUACAUAUAGAUCUACAUUGAUUGUUAGCGAGCGUCUUGCCCUAGAA